AUGGUCAACUCCUGUUGUGGCUCCGUCUGCUCUGACCAGGGCUGUGGCCAGGAGACCUGCUGCAGCCCUAGCUGCUGCCAGACCACCUGCUGCAGGACCACCUGCUGCCGCCCCAGCUGUUGUGUGUCCAGCUGCUGCCACCCCUCCUGCUGUGGCCCCAGCUGCUGUGACUUCAGCUGCUGCAGGCCCAGCUGCUGCAUCUCUAGCUGCUGCCGCCCCACCUGCUGCCAGACCACCUGCUGCCGCCCCUCCUGCUGUGGCUCCAGCUGCUGUGGCUCCAGCUGCUGCCGCCCCCCCUGCUGCAUUCCUAGCUGCUGCUGCCCCUCCUGCUGUGGCUCCAGCUGCUGCCGCCCCUCCUGCUGCUGCCCCUCCUGCUGCCUGCGCCCAGUCUGUGGCCGGGUCUCCUGCCACACCACUUGCUAUCGCCCCACCUGUGUCAUCUCCACCUGCCCCCGUCCCAUGUGCUGUGCCUCCUCUUGCUGCUGA